AUGUCUUUUGUGCUUGUUUUGUUAUGUGGCUUCUCACGGGCAUAUCCUCUCUUAGAGAAAAGCAUUGAAGAUGUGUUUGUAACUGUGCCGGAAAAUGUGGACAUCACUACAAAGACUUUGGACUCUAACAAUGGAUCUACUGAACUCUUGAUUGAAGGAGACAUGGUGUUUCCCAAAACCAGAAUUGCUCUCUACUGUUUUAACAACAACAUAAUGGAGGUCCCUUACACAGUGAGCAGUGAAUUCUCCUAUUAUGACCGGUGGGUUAUUGAGAAUGCAGUGAUGAUGACCUUCAACAGCAAAGCCUGCAUCCGCUUCAUCCCCAGAUCAUUUCAGACCAACUACAUCAGUAUUGAGAACAGAGAUGCAUGCUACUCUUCUCUUGGUAGAACAGGUGGCAAACAGGUGGUCUCCCUCAACAGGUACAGCUGUGUGUACCAUGGCAUCGUUCAGUAUGAACUCAAUCAUGUACUGGGCUUCUACCACAAGCAAACCAGGAGCGACCAUGACCAGUAUGUCAAGAUCGACUGGGAAUUCAAGUUUUCUUUUGACAUGCCCUACAACUUCCAAAGACGGAACACCAACAAUCAAAACACACCACAUGACUACGGCUCCAUCGUGCACUAUGGAGGAAAGGCCUUCUCAGUGCAGGCAGGGACGAAAACCAUCACCCCCAUUCCUGAUGCAUCUGUGGAAAUCGGACCGAGGCAGGAAAUGUCUAAAACUGACAUCCUGAGAAUCAACAAGCUGUAUGAAUGCUGA